AUGUAUUAUUAAAAAAGAAUAAAGGACCUUUGCCCAUCUAAUAUCUAAUGUAAGGAUGAAGAUUGUAAUUUGCUGCAUCCAAGAUGCUAUGCUGGAGUUUGUAUUUUGCAUUUGCAAAAUAAGGAAGCAAAUUGCGAUGGAACUUUAUUGGAUUUGAGUAAUAAAGAGUUUAAAAGAUGUUUCCAAUAAUAAAAAAUUAAUGGGGUCUUUGCUUUUAACCUUUGCAAAAAAUAGAAUAAAUGUGAAGAUAAACAAAAUUGCAGAUUUUUACAUCGAAAAUGGGCUGAAGGGGUCUGUAUUGUGGACAUAAUUGAUGAAUGCAGCAACAAAGAAGAAUGUAAGCUAAAACAUGUAAGUUGGGAAGAGAUAAAAAAGGAUGCAUAUGCAAAAUUUAAUAUUCAUAAUAUGAAUCCAGAAUUAAUAGAAGAUAAUGGAAAUCAUAAAGUGCCAGACUAUAUGUGCUUAGAAUACUUGCGUGGUUUAUGCCAAUUUUAAACUAGUUGUUCUAAAAUUCAUGUAGAUUGGGAAUGCUUAAAAAAUACCAGUUAUGCUGACAUCAGAGACACAAGAAGAAAAUCAUGUCUUUUUGACUAAUCUACAUCAAUUAUGGUGUCAUCAGAAAAGUUUACGAGAUCAGACAUAGCUGAUGCCUACUUUGAAAAGAUAUACACAAAUCAAAUAAAAAAGAUGGUCUAGAAGGCUUAAGUGAUAGAUGUUUUAUUUAUACUUGAUAUCACAGGAAGCAUGCAAAGAUGGCUGACUUCUGCUAAGUCGAAUAUUCAUAAUAUCAUAGAGGAAUUCCAGACUCAGAUUGAUAAAAAAAAGAAUAUCAUAAGAACAGCUAUAGUAGCCUAUAGAGAUUUCGGCGAUGAUGAGAAUUUGUUAUAUCGUGAGUUCACCUCUGAUCCGAAGAUUAUCUUUGAAUUUCUGAAACAGUUGUAAGCUAAAGGAGGAGGUGAUGAUCCAGAGGAUGUUAUUGGAGCAUUAGAAAAAGGAUUUAGGUUGAAUAUCAGUAAGGAUGAAGAAAGCGUCCUUUGCACAUUUUUAAUAUGUGACAAUCCCUGUCAUGGUCCUUAUCAUGAAAAUUUGUAAGACCAUCAUUUUGAUAAAGUGCAGGAAGGAGAUUUAGAGAAUAUAAUGCAAAAGUAUUUUCAAUUAAAAAAAAACAACUUCUUUACUUGUUACAAAAUCACAGAUGCCACUGACUUGAUGUUUAAAAAAAUGUAAAUUGCCUUUCCUACCCUAAAAAUUACCGCUAGCACUCCAGAUGAUUUUAAACAAUAAGUUCUUUUUUCUCUUUAAUAAUCCUUGUAGUAAUCUGAGACAAAAACUUCUUAAACUAAGAAAACUAUAAGAAUAAGAGCGAAAUUUUUAAAAUCCAAACCAUUCGAUAUGAAUAAUUCUUUACUAAUUGAGAAUAAUAUUGAUUAUUGGAAGAAUUUUAAAAAACAGCAAGAGGAUAAUAGUGUUCAAGGAGAAACCUUAUUAAUCAUCAAUAAUAAUUAAGAAAUCCUUCCAGCUAAAGAUAGAGGGUCUUUAUGUUAAAUAUUUAAAUUGUUUGAUGUAGUACUUAAUAGAAACUUAGUUUUAAAAUUACCAAAUUUUAUCGUAUAAUCAUAUGAGCAAAACAAAGAAUUAUCGUAAAAGGAUAUUGAACUAUAUUCAAUGUUCAUAAAAAAGAGAUAUACUUCUUUACUAAUCGCCUAAUAAUUAGCGGAUAGUUUUAGAUAAAAAACAUAAUCCAUCUAGGGAGUGCCUCCAAUAUUUUAUGUUUCUCCAAUUAUUUAUGAAUUAGAAAAACCAUUCAUGGGCGUUACUUAAAUUUUUGCUGAAACUUAUAUAGACCUACCAAAUUUUUGUGAAUGGAAAAAAUAUACAAAUAACACCAAAUAUGCUGAUAAAGAUGAAUACUAUUACACAGCUUUCUCUCAUUAUUCAUAUACAGCUACCUUGGGAUCACUAAUUAUCACAGACUUACAAGGCAAGAACUAUAUCUUAUCCGAUCCAUGUAUUCAUACAAUGGAUGAAAAGAUUCGUGAGAUGCUGGAUGAUGAAACCGAUUUUAAAGAAAAUGGAGUUCAUUUGUUUUUUUAACAAUAGCAUCGUUAUUGCCACCGCAUUUGCAAAGAACUCAAUUUAAAGCCUUUUUAAGAUAAUUAAGAGCUCCCAUCUAACUCAAAUGAUAUUGAUGACAUAAAUAAAUCAAUCUCUUGGAGUUGCGAUGAUGUCGUGUAUGUUAUCUGUUAGGUAUGUGGAGAAUUUUAAGAUUUAAAGUAUGUUGAUUAUUUAAAGUAACACUCUUGCAUUUGUAAUAAUUGCUUAGAAGACAAAGAACCAAUUCAACUUACUUGUGUUUGUUGUAGAAAACAAUAUAAAUGCUUUUAUAACUAGGUAGUUAAAGUAGGGAUAAUACCUGAGAAAUGUGAUUAAUGUAAAUCGAAAUGCGUCAAAGGGAACCUCUAAUGUAUAUAUUGUGGAUGCUAUUGCGAAAGUAGAGUAAAUUAUAAAAAAUUCGGAAAUGAUUAAAUACCAAUUUGCAAUGAAGGCGUUAGAUUUCUAAAUGCUCUAAAAUGUUAGAAAUGCGGAUAGUUAUAUAAUUAUGAAGCUUAUAUCAUGCCAAAUGAUUAUAAGGAUUCAACCUAUGUUUGCAUAAAUUGUAAACAGCCAUAAUGA